AUGCACAAUAUGCUUGUUCAGAUCAUGCCUGAGUCCCUCGAUUCAAUCGAUACUCUGCCCAUAUUGGCUCUUCUCUCGGUCUUUGCUGUUGCUGUCAAGAUUUUCCACUCGUUCUUCUCCUCUCCAAAUGAUAUUAACAAGUAUCCAUUAAUUAAUGGACGUAAAGGAUGGAGCCCUUUUAUCGCGAAACAAAAGGCCAAGUUUGUCACGGACGCCAAGGACCUUAUUGAUCACGGACUGAAGACAGCUGGAGGCGCAUUCCGACUCCAAACAGAUGACGGGAUUCAAGUUGUUCUGGCUGGAAAAUAUGCUGAUGGCUUGAAAAGCAAUCCAAACUUGAAUUUCGGCAAAAUCAGCGCCGAGGACUUUCACGCACAUAUUCCCGGUUUUGAGCCUUUCAGACAGGGUUCUUCAAAUGAUGAGAUUUUUCACAACGCUGUCAGAGAAAAUCUGACACAUGAUUUGGCGAGUCUGAACCGUCCCCUGUCAGAAGAGGCAGCUGUUGCACUCCAGGACCACUGGACCGAUAAUCCUGAAUGGCACCAGAUUGAACUCAAGCCCACAAUGCUGCACAUCAUCUCACAGCUCUCAUCUCGUGUCUUCUUAGGCACAGAGCUCUGUCGCAAUCCAGACUGGCUACGUGUUACUAGGGACUACACAGUAGAUGCCAUUCAAGCUGGCCAAGACCUUCGAGUGUGGCCCAAAACUAUGAGGUCCUGGGUUCAUUGGUUUAUCCCAUCCUGUCGUCGGCUCCGCGCGCAUCUUGCUGAAUGUAAAGAUCUUGUCAAUCCUGUUCUUGAAAAGCGUCGACUUGAAAAAGAGACCCGCAUUGCGCAGGACUUGAAGCCAAAGGAGUACCUCGACGCUAUGGAGUGGAUGGAGCAGGCUGCUAAUGGCAAACCAUAUGAUCCCGCGAUUUCACAAGUCAUGAUGGCCAUGGCUGCUAAUUUCUCAGGCUCUGAUGCUAUGACACAAAUUCUGUUCGAUCUCUGUGGCCAGCCAACCCUUGUUCAAGAUCUCCGGAAAGAAAUUGUCGAAGUCAUUGGAGAAAGCAAUUGGAGCAAAUCUACCAUUUAUAAGUUGAAGCUCAUGGAUAGCGUCCUCAAGGAAAGCCAGCGUAUAAAACCAGCGGCCGUUGCUAUGAUGCGUCGAUACGCACUGAAUGACACCACCUUGCCAGAUGGAACACUGUUCCCCAAAGGCUCAAAGCUCAUGGUAUCUGCCUCGGACUCCUGGGAUGACUCUAUCUAUCCAAAUGCUCAUGAAUUCGAUGGCUAUCGCUUUCUGCGCAUGCGGGAUGCCGGCGAUGUUGCGAACGCACAGUAUGUCUCCACUGGUUCCAGUGUCUUGGGCUUUGGUCAUGGAAAGCAAGCUUGCCCGGGACGUUUCUUUGCGGCGAAUGAGCUCAAGAUUGCUUUGAGUCAUAUUUUACUGAAGUAUGACUUCAAACUUGCGCCCGACACGAAGCCUCAGACUUCGACUUAUGGGCUGUUCUUACAGGCAGAUUCUACCGCACGUCUGAUGAUCCGGAGGGUCAAGGAGGAUAUUGAGCUAUGA